AUGUCCUCGACUCUCAGCUCCCCAUCGCCGAACAACAGCAGUCUUUUCACUGCGAGCUACGAGAGGACGGACCUCACCGAGACGCAAAGACACAUAAGCAUGCUUCUCUUCGGCUUGUGCGUCGCCAUCGCCGCUGCUACCUUCGUGGGAGGUGUGUAUUCUCUCAUCUUUUUCAUCCAGAUGAGGUGGAAAACCAUCCUGUGGCUCAUCGUGGCUUCGAUGUCCGUGGACGACCUGCUCAGCGUAAUACCUCUCUCCCUCUUCAUGCUCCUCCAGUGGGAGAGAGAUGGAGAGGGAGGGUCGGUGACCAUAUGCACUUUAUCGGGACUUCUCUAUGUGUUCCAAGGACUCUCCAGCAAUAUGAAGGCUUGCCUUAUUGCAGCCUACACCUUUUACGUUACUAAGCGAGAAAGAAGUCCUCGGCCAUUAAGCGUGAUGUGGGCGAUAGCCGGGGUGUGGGUAGUCAGCCUGACCGUCAGUGUACUACCCCUGUGCGGCUGGGGGAGUUUCAUCCCGGUCUCUCUAGGCUGUUUCCCAGAGAGCCACAGCUUUUACGUUCUGCUCCUUUUCUCUUUGUACUCCUUGUGUUUCUGCGGAUUGGUCUUAUUCUUCGUUCCUCUCACCUACCAGCUACUAUGUUCCAGGGAGCCACAGAGGACGUUCUACCCGAGCUACUUGGAUAUAGCCAGGGAUCUGACAGGGGACGGGUCUGCGCCUCUCUGCCACCUCCCGUCCUUCUCUCGGGAUAGCUUGGACAGAAGUUUCAGUGCCUACAACGAGCUGUGUCCGGUUGGGUCGGGGAAAGGGCUAGGGGUACGGGGCACAGUGGAAACAUAUACCUGCCCAACCCCUACCUCUGACGGUGUACUGAGGGAUGGAACCAUCAGUAACUGGGAAUCCCCUGCGUUCUUUGCACAAAAGCGCUUCUCCAUGAUCCUAGCGGUAGUGAGAGUUGUCUUGUGGAUGCCGAUGAUGACUCUGGUGCUCGUGCGUCAUGCUGUGAACGAGCGCAGCUCGUCCCUGGAAGCGGUGGAAACGGUGAGCUUCUUCCUGACCCUGCUGGCGCCUGCGGUCACGCCGGUGUUCAUGCUCUCCGAGCGCUGGAUCCACCUUCCGUGCGGGUGCUUCAUCAACUGCCGGCAGGACACAGAGCGUGAGCCCACCGCAAAGAAGAGGAGAUUGGAGUUUAACCUCUCUUUCCAACAAGGAUACGGAAUAUACAAGUUAUCCCACGCAACCAAACCCCACCACAGCCCGUCUGUCGAGAAGGCUUCCUAUCAAAACCUCUUCAACUUCACAGAAAACCAACUUGCUGUGCUGGACAGCUCCGGCGUCGCGAGCCUGCAGGCCGAGCUCGAGUUCAUGACCCCACGUGAAGUAGACAGCUCCUCACUGCACGAGCAUGGCGAGCUGCUUCUGGAGGCGGAGGCAGGUGGGGGAGAGGCCCUCGCGCUGGCAGACUGCCUCCAGUUUCCUCACGGUAACCACGGAGACCAGGACAGCUUCUUCUGUGGGCCCAGCUCCCGGGACUGCGAGGACCUCAACCUCACGGACACGUCGUCGGUGUUCGAGGGAACGGAACGGAGACUGUCGCAUGUAGAGUGCAGAAAAAUGGAGCUGACGGACUGGGAGUGGUGUAGGAGUAAAUCAGAGAGGACCCCCAGACAGAGAUCUGGGGGAGGUCUGGCCCUCCCUCUGUGUGCCUUCCAGGGCACCGUCUCCCUGCUCUCCCCCACAGGGAAGACCCUCUCCCUCUCCACCUAUGAGGUCAGCAGCGACGGCCUCACUAUCUCCCCCCACGCCGCCAAGAAGGUGGAGGUCUACCGCUCCAAGUCUGUAGGCCACGAGCCCAGUGCAGACGACCCCACCACCGGGGGCCCGGCCGGGGGAGUGGGGAUGGAGGUGGAGGUGGGAGAGGUGGCAAUGGGGGACACAAACGUGAAGAUCCACCUGGAGGUGUUGGAGAUCUGUGACAACGAGGAGGCCAUGGACAGCGUGUCCAUCAUCUCUAACAUCAGCCAGUCGUCCACCCACGCCCGCUCCCCGUCGCUGCGCUAUUCUCGGAAGGAGAACCGCUUUGUGUCCUGUGACCUGGGGGAGACAGCCUCCUACUCACUGCUUAUCCCCAAUAGUGGCAACCCCGAGGCGGACAACAUCAACAUCAACAUUCCUGACACGGUGGAGGCCCACCGGCAGAACAGCCGCAGACAGAAACAGGAGACAGGAGGCUACCGCGAGGAGAUACAGCUGCUCAACGAAGCCUACAGGAAGCAGGAAGAGGACAGAGAAGACUGA